GCCACCUGGAUGCCACGCCUUGUUAUAGGUAGACUUUUGUUGCUAGUGGCAGAGACCAGCACAAACCGGCUUCUGCAAAAUGGGAAUUGUUAGAUCAUAGAGAGGGGAAAAGUCCAGAGGCCCCAGUGACAACAAGGGCACUCAGAACUCCAAGGAUGCUCUUGAGCUGCAGAGGCACGAAAUCCUGGACUUCAACCUCAUCUGAGCUGUUCAACUCAACCAUGCAAAAAAAAAAAAAAAAAAAAAAAAAAGACUAAAACGUGUUUCCAAGCCUGUGACAUGAUGUCAUGUCAAAGCUCACACCUAAGAACUGUGCAGUUGAAUAACAGCAACAACACCAAAAUCACACACCAACUAAGUCUUGUAACACUUUGAGCAAGUUCACAAUUUUGUGUUGGGCUGCAUGCAUUCUUAGCUAUCCCGGGAUGCGUGCAGACCACAGGGUAGACAAGGCUAGUGGGACAUCUGCUUCCAGCUGGCAAAAUCCAAGCAGAAGUUGCUUGUGACUUGAUGUGCCAGUGCCAUGCUAACACAGGAGAGGAGGAAAUGCUGUGGGCUGCCAAGCUGGGCAUGGUCCAGCGCUAACCUGCACCACCAGCUGCGGCUUCCUGCUGCCAGUGCAGCUGCAGCUGCCCCUGUGGUCCCUGGCCCCUUGACUCUCUCCUGCUGCUCCAAGGCUGUGGAUCUGAUGAUACAGAUGUGAGGUUGGAACUGAGGAGACAGGCGAAGAACCUCAAUGAGGGGCAGCUGCCAACCCCUGAGAGACGCCCAUACCAUUGGGCAUCUCUGCCUCCCCUUAUCAAGGCUCUCAGCAUCUAUCCCCCACCCCACCCCGGGAAGAGAUGGUCCAAGCCCAGAAGCCCUGGAUUCCAGUACUCUCUGCCUUACCUUAUAGAUCCUGGUAAGUCACAUGUCGCAAGUGUUCCCUCUUCCAAAGAAAGGAGAUGGGUUUGGGAAAUACGGGGACAGUCACUCCUGUCCAAGUGCCAACGCUGACUAGUAGGACACCCGGCUGAAGGUGAACUAUGUUGCUCAGGACUCUGUCUGUGGCUCUAUCCAGAAGUCAGGAGUGCUGGAAUCAACUGGUGAUGUCUGCUUGGCACUCAGGAUGGAGAAGGCAGACCAGGUGCCACAUUCCCAAGUCACAACCUACCUGCCACCAAGAACCAAAGAACCCUGCCCAUGGGACACUCUGCCACUUGGAUUCCAUGAGAUGUCAUGAAGCAAAAGUUACCAAUGGGAAGUAUGAGGACUCUCCAAUAGGAACUUGAUCCGGGGAACAAGUCACUUCCCCUAAAGGAUGGAAAACAGGAAAGGACUUGGAGUCCCAAGCAUGCCAGCGAGAAGCAGGUGAAUUUUAAGAUGAAAGAUGUUCCAGGUGUCCAGAGCCUUUGAGGUGACCUCAAUACCCAGAGCCAUCAAAGAGCCAGCAGAUGCCUGUGUCCCCUCCCCUGACGCACAGCAGCAGCCAUUGUCUAAGGCCGCCUCAUCUGAAGCAGGAAUCGGAGCAGAAAGGACCAGACCCAGCCUCCAGCAUCCGUGUCCCAGAAGAUACAUGUGGGACAGGACCCCUGAAUCCCUCUGAUGAAGAUUAAGUCCAUGAGAGAAAACCUUCGGGAAAGCCACAUGCUGAAGGAUUACCUGGAGAGGUACCCUCGUAGCCGGGCUCACGUGCUUCUAGAGCAGCGCCGGAACCCAGCAGUAACUUAUGAGCCCAUGAGGAACUACCUAGACCUGGUCUACAUUGGCAUCAUCAGCAUCGGCACACCCCCUCAGGAGUUCAAGGUCGUCUUGGAUACUGGUUCUGCCUACCUGUGGGUACCGUCCAUCUACUGCUCCAGCCCAGCCUGCGCUCACCACAAGGUCUUCAAUCCUCUGCGAUCUUCCACUUUCCUGGUCUCGGGCCGACCUGUGAACGUCGCCUAUGGUUCAGGAGAGAUGUCGGGAUUUCUUGCCUAUGACACUGUCAAGAUUGGGGACCUCAUGGUUGUGGCCCAGGCAUUUGGCCUGAGCCUGGAGGAACCAGGCACUUUCAUGGAAUAUGCGGUCUUUGAUGGUAUCCUGGGGCUGGGCUACCCUGACCUUAGCCUUCAGGGAGUCCUGCCUGUCUUUGACAACAUCUGGAUGCAAGGCCUCAUCCCCCAGAAUCUCUUUGCCUUCUACUUGAGCAGCAAGGAUGAGAAGGGCAGCAUGCUAAUGCUGGGUGGAGUGGACCCCGCCUACUACAGCGGAGACCUUCACUGGGUGCCUGUGUCCAAGCCCAGCUACUGGCAGUUAGCUCUGGACAGCAUCUCCAUGAAUGGAGUAGUCAUUGCCUGUGAAGGUGGCUGCCAAGGUAUUAUGGACACAGGGACCUCCUUGCUGACUGGCCCCCGAAACGCAAUCCUUAAAAUUCAGAAUCUCAUUGGUGCCAAGGCCACCAGUGAUAACGAGUACAUUCUCAAGUGUGACAACAUCAACACCCUACCUGAUAUUGUCUUCACCAUCAGUGGUGUUACCUACCCAGUGCCAGCCAGUGCCUACAUCAGGAAGAAGCAUUCACACAACUGCUACAGCAACUUUGAAGAAGGCAUAGACGACUCUUCGGACUCUGAGAUGUGGGUGCUGGGGGAUGUUUUCCUAAGGCUGUAUUUCACCGUGUUUGAUCGGGCAAAUAACAGGAUUGGUCUGGCUCCUGCUGUGUGAGUGCUGGGCUUCCUUCAGGGGAGAGCCAGGCACAUGACACAGACAUGAAUGCUCAUGGGGCAUUCCCACCCGGGGGAGCUGACCCCAGCUAUUGGGAGCUCUGCAAAGCCCUGUUCUGGGUGGAGAAUAAAGAUUGCAUUCACAAAGCC